UGUUCUACAACGGACGAAGCUCAAAAAUCGCGAGAGGUCGAAAAUAUCCCAAGCCGAAGCUCGGGAAAGAGAGUGGAGAUUGAGAAAUAGUUGCAGCGACGGAGAUGACUGACAACGGAGGACACAACGGCACCGGGACCUCCGUUGACGAUUUCUAUGGCGAUGGUUCCUCUCCGCCGCCGCGAGAUAGCGGCCGUGGCGUCGGGGUUGAGGAGUAUAGAGACUCCAAAUCUCAGUUAGGAGGCACACACAAUAUGGGAGACGACAAGGAAGAACAUGGUGGUGGUGCUAAUGGUGAUGAUGGUAAUUAUGAUUAUGAUGAGGAAGAUAGUGAUGAAAAAGGCCAGGAAGACAGUUACAAUGACGAGGAUGAAUCUGAGGAAGGAUAUGAGAUCGAGGGUAGAAGUGAAACUCCCGAUAAAUUUGAGCGCAUCGAGUAUGAAGCUCUGGCUGAGAAGAAGCGUAAAGCACUUUCUCAAUGUGAUGAUUCUGAAAAGAGGGCUAAGUAUGACGCUAAUAAUGUCCCAGGCAUGGAAGGAAUUAUGGAGUUUAUGGUUUAUGGUGGCCGACGAAAAUCAAGGAAGCAUAAAAGACGGGGAAGAAGAAAGGGUUCCAAGAAAAAAGUUCCACCUGAAAUAACAAAAAUUUAUACAGAGGCUCUUUUUCACUAUGGACAUGGUCGGUUUAGUGAGGCUUUGUCGUGUUUGCAAAGGGUAAUACAUCAAGCACCAGGUUUCGCAGAUGCAUAUGAUACCCUUGCACUUGUUUCUGAAGCACUUGGUGAAACCAAAUUAGCUAUGGAGGGUUUCAAGUUACAUGCAGCCGUUAGACGUGAUUCAUAUUCCUGUAAAGUGCUUUUCGAGUGGUUCAAGGAACAAGGGGAUAUGUCAUCUGCAAGGACCUAUGCAUCCAAAGCAAUACAGGCUGAUCCAGAAGAUAUCUCUUUGAAAUUUGAAUAUGCGACCUUGUGUCUAAAUGCUGGAAAAGUUAGAGAAGCGGCGGAGUCCUAUGAACAAAUAUUUCGCCAAUGUCCUAAUAGCGUUGAUGCCCUAAAAUGGGCUGCAAAGUAUUACCUGGAAUGUGGCGAGGGUGAGCGAGCAGCAAGUGUCUUGGAGGUUCACAUUAAAUCAAAUCCAUCUGAAGUUAGUCAUGAUGUGAUUGAUUUGCUGGCUGCGGUUUUCAUGAAAAUUAAUGCAUAUGACAGAGCUCUUAAGUUUAUGGAAGACAUGCGCCAGACUUACCAUCCCAGGAAAGAACUUACUUCUAACUUGAAAAUCAGAGAAGUUAUCUGUCACGUUCACCUUAAAGAACUGAAGAUGGCUGAGAAUCUGUUAAAUAUAUUACCACAAAAGGCGGUAUAUGAGCAUACAGAUCUGAUUUCUGAAUUGGCUGAUGAAUUUAUUAACGUUGGCGACUUCCACUCUGCUCUCAAGUACUAUCACUUGUUGGAAUCAAAUGCUGGAUUUGUGAAUGAUGGCUAUUUGCUUCUGAAAAUUGCUCGCUGCUAUAAGUCACUGGCAGAAAGAACACAAGCCAUUGGUUUCUUCUAUAAAGCUUUGAAUGUACUCAAUGACAUUGCCGCACGGUUAACUCUGGCUUCACUGCUCCUGGAGGAUGACAAACGAGAUGAAGCUAUAUUUGUGUUGUCUCCUCCAGUAAAUCCAGAUCCUAAUGAUGAUAAACAGAAGGCAUGGUGGCGCAAUAGACAGAUUAGGAUGAGGCUUUGCCAAAUCUAUCAUUCCGAGGGAAUGCUUGAGAACUUUGUUGAGACAGCUCUGCAAUUGGUUCUUGACUGGGUCAGGUGGAAGGUGAAGGGGAAAAGGAAGCGCUCAGUGGAUUCUCUGUCUGAACGAGCGAAACAAGAACGAAACAGAAGGCGCCGACUUCAAAGAGAUGAUCCAACUGUCCUGUUGAGGGGUUGCGGACCUAAAAAAAUGCGCAAAAUCAGGGCAACCUUAAAUGAAGCAAAGAGAAUUAGAGAUAGGGUUGCUAUUACAGCUCAGAAAGAAGACAACUCUGGUGAAUCUGAGGAAGAAGCUAUAAGGGAUGAUGAAUACCACCAUCUUCUCGUGGAUUUGUGCAAGGCAUUGACAUCGUUGCAAAAGUACUGGGAAGCUCUUGAGAUAGUUAAUUUGGCUCGGAGGUUGGAUGCAAAAAUGCUGCCUGUUGACAAGAAGAAGGAGCUGCAGUCGCUUGGAGCUCAAAUAUCAUGCGACACUUUGGACCCAAAGCAGUGGUUUGACUGUGUGAGAUGUGUUAUUCAGCAGCAUCCACAUCGUUUGGAUGCUUGGAACUGCUACUUCAGAGUGAUUUCAAGACUCGGUAGACGAAUUUCCACGGAAGCUAAGUUCAUGCAUCACUUGCGGUCCAAGCACAGAGAUUGUGUGCCGCCAAUUCUCAUUGCGGGUCACCACUUUACCGUUACCAGCCGACAUCAAGAUGCCGCCAGAGAAUACCUCGAAGCAUAUAAAUUGUUGCCUGAGAACCCUUUGAUUAACCUCUGUGUCGGGACUUCCUUGAUCAAUUUAGCGCUCGGCUUUAGACUUCAGAACAAGCAUCAGUGCCUCGCUCAAGGGUUCGCUUUUCUCUACAAUAAUCUCAGGAUUUGCAACAACAGUCAGGAGGCGUUGUAUAACAUAGCCCGUGCGUAUCACCACGUAGGGUUAGUAACUUUGGCAGCGCCGUACUACGAGAAGGUGCUCGAAAUCCACGAGAAGGAAUACCCAACACCAAAACUCCCGAACGAGGAUCCGAAUGUGGCCGAAGAGCGUAAGCUCGUCAACUGCGACCUCCGCAGAGAAGCGGCACACAAUCUGCAUCUGAUUUACAAGAACAGCGGGGCGUUCGACCUCGCAAGGCAGGUCUUGAAGGAUCACUGCACGUUCUGAAGUAUUAAGGUUAUUAUUAUGCUCCUAGUAUUGUAUAAAAAACAUGCAUUGUGUAUAUAUACUAAAGAUGCAUGUGCGAAUAUGAAUUUUGUAAAAUUUUUUUAAAUUAAAAUCAAUAAGCAUUUGUUA